UUUCAGAGCAGGCAUUUAGGAAUGUGGAAACCAGCAGCUACGUUACCCUCAAAUCCCCUGGGAUCUCGUCGAAAAUAAACUUUUUUAAAGGCCACGAAUUAACAUCACAAUCUUCCAGGGACGCUCGCCGCUGUCUCCAAGGUAACGGGGCGGACGCCUAAUCUUGCUUGUCGCUUUGUGCUGCUUUAGCAACGGGGGCGGAACCGGAGAGGAGUGACGGCUCUUCGAUCUGUUUCUCCGAGUAAAGGCAAAACCAGUCGAAGAUGCCAUUUCACGAGGGAGUCUACUACCCUUACACCAGUGACACCCAGGGGAACCACUCAUCAGCCGGGAUCCCCUCUCUUCUGAAUUCUCCUCUCAGCCAGAACAUUGUAAACGGCCACACAGCAUCAUCCGCACCAAGCAUGACUCCGUCCAGCACCACCUCCACCUUUCUCCCUUUCAAGUUCCGCCCACGCAGAGAAAGCGUGGACUGGCGGCGGAUCAAUGCAGUGGAUGUAGACUUAGUAGUGAGCCAGCUGGACGUGGAUGCCCUUCAGGAGCACAUCAGCAUGGUGACCUUCUGUAGCUUGGAGGGGGAGCGAUGCCAGCGGUGCCAGACCCCCGUGGACCCAGCUCUGCUGAAGCUCUUGCGCCUUGCUCAGCUCACGGUGGAGUGGCUCCUCCACUGCCAGGACUUUCUCUCCCUCAAUCUGCGUGUGGCGGAGGAGAGACUGUCGGCCACCGGCAGGGAGCAUGAGCAGCUGCUGGUUCAGCAGAAGAAGCAGGAGGAGAAGGUGAAGGCGCUGAAUGCAGAGCUCAAGCAGCGAAAGAAGGUUAUUCGCACCCAGCAGUCGCUGCUCGCCCCACGAAUCAUCAGCAGCCACAAGUGCCUGCAUUGUGAGAAAUCAUUCCUCAAUGCCUCCUUUCUGCAGAAUCACAUGCAGCGGAGGCACCCUGAUGAGUACGAGAGCCAGCUAAACUCCGUCAGUGAGCAGAAAUCUGAGAUUAAUAGUCUCAAAUUGGAGAUCAGCAGUCUGAAAGAACAGAUUGUUCAGCAGCAGCAGGUGUUAGAAGCCAAAAUAGCUCAGGAAAAAGAACAACAAUCGAUGCACAAAGACCUGUUGAGAGAAUUGGACCGUUUUAAGGCUGAGGAGAUGGCGCGCAUGGACAGAAAGAUAGAAGACAGCAGGGACGGCAUGCGCAGAGAGAUGGAAUUUCUUUACAACCGAAAUAUUCAGGCUCUCAAUGAAGUAAAUCAGAAUCAGACAGCCAAGCAUGAAAGGUCAAUCAGCCCUGUGCACUCACAGCCAGAGAGAGAUGUGGACAUGUACAAAGAGAUGCAGAUACAAGCCAUCCAAAAGAUGGAACACCAGCUGAAGAAACAGGAUAAGAAGUGGGAAUCCAGACUGCAAGAAAUGAAGGUUCAACACGAGUCUGAAAAGAAUCAACUGCUGAAUGAGCUGAGCAAAAUGCAGUCGUCUUUAUCGGAGCGAGAGGAGCACAGCCAGAGGCAGCAGCAGGAGAUGAGAAAGAGGCUGCAGGAAAAGGAGCAAACCAUCAAGGCUCAGAGGGAGCAGAUAAAGACCAUUUCCUCAAAUCCACCUACAAAAGUAGCUGAAGUACCAGUCACUGUCAGUCCGCCGGCUUUGGAGCCUAAACAAAGAAGAGUUGUAGUCGAGGAGCCAGUCUCUGUUCUUAAGCUGGAUCCUAUUCAGGAGGUGUCAGAAGAGGAGAAAGACUCGAGCAGCCACUCAGACAGAAAGGUGGUGGAGAAGAAGCCUGAGCCGGCUCCAGAGAAGAAGCCAAGGGUGAACACGAGCGCUUUGAAAAGGAACUCCAACAUAAAGAGAGAGAUACAAGCAGAGCUUAAACAGGCUCUGAUCAAGAAGCUGGAGAACUUGGGGGUCAAGCCUGAUCAGAGCGGUCUAAAGAACAAGGAGCUCACUGCGAUUCUGUCCAAGCUGGAUUCAAAGCGGGAGAGCGUUGCAAAGUCGAUGUCUGGCUACUGGAACCACCGGGAGGAGAUAAAGAGCAUUGUGGAGCAGAAGCUGGGUGCUCAAAGCACCAGCAAUCCUGCUGCAUACUCUCAGCCUAGAUCCAGACACCCUGUUCAAGUGUUGCAGAUCCGCCCUCGCUCCAGCAGCCUGCCCUCCAGAGCCAGCCAGGGGGCGUCUGCUUCUGCAAUCAGACAGCCUAAGACCCCUCAGCCAGCACCAAGGACCAAGGCCACCACCCAACACAAGACCUCUACGCCCAACUCCAAGACAGCCUUAAAGAGCUUCGCUACCAAGACUCCUCCCUUCAGUUCAGAGGAGGAAUCUGAGGAUGAUGUCACAGAUGAAGAUGAGGAACAGCCCCUAAAACACCAGCAGGGGAAAUCACCACAACCCAGAUUUAACCAAGCAACCCAAAUCCAAACUAGAGCUGGCAAAGCCAGUCCUGUCCAGGACAGGCAGGCUGUUGUCAGGCAGUCGCCCAUCUACAGCAUCCAGUACUCCAAAGUCUCAGUGGGUGGUGUAACCAAGACUGCGGUCACAAAACUAAAGAGCGAUGAAGAGGAAGAUGAUUGGUCAGAAGUCAGCGAGCAACAGGAGACUGACCUCCAGAAUUACAAAGACCAGAACGGCAAUGUGGAGAAGAAAAAUCACGGGAAAGAAUACAAAGUCAGUGACCUGGCCAGAAAAAUGGAGAAGCAGUUUGCUGAGAGAGCAGUAAAGAAACCACCAGGUGGCGUUAGCGUCUUACCAGAGAGGGCGGAUGAGGUUCAGGAACUCAGUUACACAGAUCUAGAGGAGAGCAGCGAGUGGAUGGUCUCCUCCUUAGAGGACCGACGGGAUGUGUCAAAACCGGCCCAGGAUUCAGGACCAAUGAGGAAAAGCCUGGAAUCACGAAGCACCAGUGUCUGGGGAACCUCCACAGAAAAGGGUCCUAAAUCAGGUCUAACUGAAGCUGGAACAGGAAGCACGCUGAAGAGCAGCCUGUGCUCCCUGAGUGACAUCAGUGACUCUGAGGACAUCAGCUGAUCACACUAAGAAACCUCAGCCACCUCCUCUGACAACUACAAUCAAUCAUAAAAAGCCAUAUUAUAAAAGCUGUAAAUAGAGGAAAGCAAUAUUUCACAAAGGUAGCUAGGUUUCAGAGGUCUGCAUAGAAAAGGUGGCCAUCUAAUCAAUACCAUAGGCCUCGAAACUCUCUUCUUGCCUUAGUCUUUUUUACUGUUUAUCUUUUAAUAGAUUGUCUUCUGUUUUUUCUUCUUUCCUUUUUUUUACUCAUGCAACCCAAACUUUAAAUGAGAUACUGAUUUUGGUACUGUAUGUAGAGUGUGUAUGAUUUUGUAUAUCCAAUUUUAUAAUGUAUUCAUGUGACCAAAGGAACAAUGAGAUAUGACUUUGUAAAUAAAAUAUUUAUACAAGCAAUCAUA